AUGGACUUCGAUGACUUGGACGAGGUGGAAGUGGUCGCCGAUGCUGCCGAAGAAAAGGCCGCCGCAGAGCGUGCCGCCGCUGCAGAGAAGCUCUCCGCCGAGAGGCUGGCGAAGCUGAAGGAGGAUGCCGUGGAGGCGCCCAAGGAGGCGCCGAAGGCGGCCAAUGGAACCAACGGCGCCAGCGACGCUCCGUCCGUCCCGCUGUGGGAAGUGGUCGGAGGUGCCGACAAGGGUGGCAUUCUGGUGCGUGAUGGUGAGAGCACGUCCUCGCAACAGCUCUCAGAACGACUUAGUACCGGGGCCAAGGUGGAGCAAUUGGAGCUUAAGGGUCAAAGGCUUCACUAUCGCCUCAAGUCAGGAACUGGGCCUCAGGAGGGCUGGAUCAGCAUCGCGCUUUCAGGCAAAGACUUGGCCGUGCUCCUGCGACCCCACGUGCCGGUGCUUCCACGUGAUACGGAGCCCCGUUGCUCCGGCGAGCUUGCCAAGGCGCCCGUGGGUUGGACUCCGGUGAGCAUGCCGCAGCUGCAAGAGAAGCACAUGCAGAUGGGGACAGGCAUCAUUUACAAGAUCGAUUUUCCGUUCAAUGCCGAGUUGCUACAGAAGAUGGGGCCGUCAUGGCUCACCAAGGCCUUCCAUACGGCAGGCUCCAUGCCCAAAGACAAUAAGGUGAAGACCUUGAAGAACAUUAAGGAAUACAUCGGCGGAGGGAACUGCUCCAAGCUGGUCUUCGAUGUGGAGUAUGAGCAGCCAGCGCCCGAUUUGCAUACCGAGCUCUUUGCGAAGAUCCCCUUCCCACUGGCCGGCAACACGCUGUCUGAUCGUAUGGCAUCGUCCGUGAUGCAGAGUGGAGCAGAGAUCGGAGAGAUCAAUGCUCAAAGACUUUUAGAGUCGCGCCUUCCUUUCAGCAUCCCCAGGUACUAUUUUGGCGAUGUGUCGAACGACACCUCCAACUGGAUCCUCAUCACCGAGCGGAUCCCUUUCGGGAAGCAAGAUGGUGAUCGAAAGAUGGACCCUGCCUAUGACAAGAUGAAGGACUGGGAGCUGAAGGGGACUGUAGACGAGUACUAUUUCCUGCUGACCACCUAUGGCGCCCGCAUGGCGGGCAUGGACAAGGCAGAGAAGCUGGCACCACGAGCCGUGAUGGAACCCUGGCGAGCACGUGUCAGCUUUGACGAUGGAUUCUUCCCAUCUGCAGCCAUGCGGCCCAAAGAGCACUGGGGCAUGCGCGCGGCUUUUUGGGCGGCAGACGAGCGUUGGGAGGAAGAGAAUUUGACCGAAAGCUCUGGCAUUGGCGAGAAGGAAUUCGCCAUGAAGAUCAAGAUGGGAGUGGACUUUGUGGGCACUACAGGCAAAGCGCUUUUUCCAGCGGAGUGCUCCACUGCGAGUUUUCUGCAAAAGUACAAGAAAAUACUGGCUAUUUCAAACGCGUACACGGCGGAGAUGGCAUGGUGGUGCAAUCGAAAUCCAGACUACAUUGCAUGGAGCCAUGGCAAUCUCAAUGUUGACAACGUGUUCUUUUGGCGGGAUGCCUCCGACAAGCUAGAUUUGGGUGUGCUUGAUUGGGGAGGCGCUCGAACCGAUUCACUGGGCUGGAAGCUAUGGUGGUGGCUUUACUGUUGCGAAUAUGACUUCUUGAAUGCGAACCUAGAUGCAUUGCUGGACUGCUUCAUCAAGGAGUACCAGGAACGGACCGCGUUGGGGGGGACCGAAAUCUGGAGUUCUGGCAAGCCAGAACUGCCUUUGGUGCACUUUGGGAUGGCAACGGAAGCCUCCGCCUUCGUCACGGUCAAGCCAGCCAGUGGCGGCCCGCUCCUGGAGCGCAAGGAGCUCCGAUGGCAAUUUACGCUGAGCGCCCUGCAGCAGGGCGUCGGCCUGUUGGGCGCGGUGCCGCAGAUCUACAAGAUGUGCAAGAAGCCCGAGUUUGCCAGUAUCAAAGAUCGGCUAGAUCCACGCAUUUCGCAAAACAUCGAUGGCAAGAACACCCUCAGGAUCUACAUUGGAACCUGGGCAGCUUUCAAAUGGUUCAGGAGUGGUGGAGUCACAAGUCCUGGGAGGAAACGAGCUCCGAGCAACAUGAUUUUUGGGGGGGGUGGGAGCUUUCCCCCACCCAAAUGCAAUCCCCCUUUUUUGAACAAUUGGACUCCGCUUAUGAACGAAUCUACAGAAAUCCCAAGAAAGCACUUCACACGGCCAGUGUCCAGUGCCCUCUCCCAUGGCCGUUGUUGUGUUUUUGUGCUCUCAGGAACCUUCAUCAACAUUUGCCACUCGGUGACAUCUCGGUGA